UCUUACCCACGACUCGCACUGCAUCAGCCCUACGAGUUCACCUUCAUACAAGUCUCGGUCGCCAAACCACGAAGCAUCAACCUAGUUCCCAACCUACUCUAAGGUACCGUCGCGAUGUCGAAAAGUCGUGAUGGAGACGGGGACCUACCCCCCUCAUACAACGAGGCAACGACAUCGUACCACUCGCCAUCGUCAUUCAACCCCAACUCAUCGGUCUCGGCAACUCUCAACAACCUCUCUUCCCUUCUCCGUGAAACACAAGCUCAACAAACUGCCCGAGAUACCGUCACAACGACAGCUCUUCUCCCGCUUCUGACGCCCCACAUCACAUCACUCUUAACGCGUCUAGGGACAACCCCUCAUCCGCCGGUAUCAACAGAGCUCUAUCUCGUUCCCUCGGCAACAGUUGGUCCAGAAUGGAUCAUCGCCUCAGAUGCCGACCCGAAGGCAGGACAGGUCGCGGAAGUCAUCCGCGUGGAACCGGAGCCCGAUCCCGAUUCAAAGGGGAGGUGUGACACCAAGGGUCCAAGCUCGGGCUCAGCCUCCGGAAAUGCAACUGCAGGCUCCUCAUAUGAAUUUGACGAGUGGGGCCGCUGGGACGACGACACCAAUGUAGGGUCGUCGUCGUCGUCGAGGGAAGGAGAAUGGUGGUGGAGCGAUGAGGGCUUGGCCCGGCGUCUCGCGAAACGACUACAGCCCGAGCCGAAGCUCGGCCGCACCGUCGUCCGUGCCGUGGUCGAACAGGCAAAAGAGGAUAAGAAGGCCGGCCGGUGGGGGCUUUUCAGGACCGGCACGGAACCAUCGUCGCCUUCGUCAUCUUCUUCGGGCCCACCGCCUCCUCGGCAGAUUUUGAAGCCCACGUCUCCUUCCACGACUUUUGAAGAAAAUGUUGCUAUGACGGUGCGCGCAGAGGAAGUCACCUUUCGCCGUGAAAACGAGAUGGGAAUAUGGGAGAGUAUGCGCGGCUUCGGAAUCGUGGUGAGAGUAAGAAUACGAAGGACAUGAGGCUUCGAUACCGAAGCGUCCAGGCUGGAUAGCCAAUUUCAGGAGGGUAGGACGUCUAACUGAGAAGUGUUCCUCUCUGACGAUUUCGUACUUCGGACUAUUUCGGUCAUCCGCUGCAAGGCUAUCUAGCCGAACGGCUGCCCAUUGCUGACCAACUUCUCGGUCCUCGGCCUUGAUGACGGGAUGUCAGAUGGGUUCGAGUUGACCAAUGGGAUAAAGCAAUUCCUGGAGGAUGCAUACUGUUGGUAUCCCUAUCAUAGGGUAUUGGUUCGAACCGUAGGGUCCUGG